AUGGCUCCAACUACCAAAGCACAAACCGCCAAAAAGGCUGCCAUUAAAGGUUCCAACUCGUCGAAGGCCUUGAAGGUGAGAACCAACACCACCUUCAGACUUCCAAAGACCUUGAAGCUUGCCAGAUCGCCAAAAUACACCAAGUCUGUGCCUCACUACCCAAGAAGCGAUGCUUACAAAGUGAUUGUCCAACCAAUCACCAGCGAGACCGCCAUGAAGAAGGUCGAGGACGGUAACACCUUGGUUUUCCAAGUUGACCUCAAGUCCAACAAAUACCAAAUCAAGCAGGCCAUCAAGGACCUGUACGAGGUGGACGUUGAGAAGGUGAACACUUUGGUGAGACCAAACGGAACCAAGAAGGCUUACGUCAGACUCACUGCUGAUUACGACGCUCUUGACAUUGCCAACAAGAUCGGUUACAUCUAG